GUUUCGUACUCCUGCCCUUAGCCAACCGUCCCACCUCGAUUUCCACGAGCGUUCAAGCGUCCAACCCCGACCUCUUCGCUGCCCAAUUUCCCCCUGAUUGAAGUUUAUACGUCCCCGCGACACUAACGCGACUGCGAUAUCAUCUCGCGACUCUAUUCUCAACAUGCCCGUCGAGCUCCGUAAACGCAAGGAAGCGCCCCCAGCGCCUGUGCGCCCAACGAAGAAGAAGGCGCCCGCCAAGGACAAGAAGCCCGAGAGCGAGAAGACUGUCGUCGAGAAAGUCCAGGAAACCGUCACUGAGCAGGUCGAAGCUGUCAAGGAAGCUGUUGUCGGCAAGAGCAACGGCGAGUCUGCUGCCGCUGCGACUGGCCCACCCAAGGUCGGCGACACAAUUGACCUCGCGUCCUUUGGCGGAGAAUUUGAGACGAAUGACGGAGACAAGACAACGCUUGCAAAGCUUGUAGAGGAGAGCAAGGGCGGCGUUGUACUGUUCACGUACCCCAAGGCUUCAACGCCAGGAUGCACAAAACAAGCCUGCCUCUUCCGCGACUCCUACGACCCCCUCACCGCAACCGGCUACUCCAUCUACGGUCUCUCAGCCGACAGCCCCAAAGCCAACACCACCUUCAAGACCAAGCAGAAGCUCCCCUACACCCUGCUUUGCGACCCUUCACAGAGCCUCAUCUCCGCCAUCGGCUUCAAGAAGCCGCCAAAGAGCACGACGCGCGGUGUCUUUGUUGUCGACAAGGAGGGCAAGGUGCUCGCGGUGCAGCCCGGUGGCCCGGCGGCUACGGUCGAUGUCGUGAAGGAGCUUGUGGAUAACAAGGAUGGCGUGCCGAGUAAGGGUGAUGCGGAGAAGGCUGAGAAGAAGGAGGAUCAGGAGAUGGCUGAGACGGCUGAUGAGGUCGCUGAUAGUGCGGCUAAGGUGGAUGGUUAGAGGGCUUGAUGGAGCGCUUGCACACGCCUGUCUCGGGCGCAGGGCUGUUCCGUGUCACUAUCGCGGUGUUCAGGUCUUUAGCAGCUUGGGAAAAGUCACACACAUUCCGAGUGGCAAGUUCUUGAAUCGGAUUACUUCUAUGCCUCUACGUAGGUAAAUCCUCACACA